AGCAAUCAUCUUCCACAUGUUGGCAUCACUCGCCCAACGACAUUUGAAUCGUUCGUUCCCGUGUCUCCAACAGACUACCCGAAUAAUGACGACGAGCACCACAACCAAACCACGCGUCCUUCUCUGUCGCACCCUCCCUCCACAGUCCCUCCACCGCAUCACAACCGAACCAUCCAUCCAACUGAUUCAAUCGACGGGCACAUCGCGAGAAGAGUUUUUGGAACUUGCACGGGGGGUGGAUGGAAUAUUGGUAAAGUUGACAGAAAAGGUUGAUGAUGAGUUAUUGGAUGCGGCUGGACCUCAGCUAAAAGUGAUUUCAACAAUGUCUGUGGGAUAUGAUCAUAUUAAUGUACCAGCAUGCAAGGCGCGGGGUGUCAGACUCGGUAACACUCCGGACGUGUUGACGGACGCGACGGCGGAGCUCACGAUUGGGCUGCUUUUGGCUACGGCACGUAGAUUUGGGGAAGCUUUGAGGGCACCUAAAACUGGUGAUUGGCAGGCUUGGACCCCUACGUGGAUGUGCGGAACUCAACUGACUGGGAAAACGGUUGGGCUGGUUGGAUUUGGACGGAUAGGUGUCGCUGUGGCAGAACGACUGCAGGCAUUCAAACUGGGCAAGCUCCUCUAUGCCUCACCUAGUGAAAAACCUCAUGCAGCGGGACGGCUGAACGCAGUGCACCUCCCGCUUCCCCGGCUGCUAGCUGAAUCCGACAUUGUGAUUGUGACUUGUGCGCUGACACCGGAAACCAAACACCUGUUUUGUACAGCAACGUUUUCCCAGAUGAAAUCGACGGCAAUAUUUAUCAAUACCGCGCGAGGCCAAAUUGUCAAGCAAGACGAUUUGAUUCAUGCCUUGAAAAAUGGCACAAUUGCUGCAGCUGGACUAGAUGUGACAGAUCCAGAACCGUUACCCAGCAACCAUGAACUAUUACAAUUGGAUAAUGCAGUUGUGUUACCACAUGUAGGUAGUGCUACGAUAGAAACGAGAGAGGCUAUGGCGCAUCUGGCCAUUGAUAACUUGCUGAGUGGGCUUGCCGGAGCCAAGAUGCCAGCAGAAAUUUGAUUAGAAAGACCGAUAUGGUCCUAGUAAAUCCUGGAAACAUAUCGAAUGUAGUAGAAUGUAGCAAAAAGAUGCUGACAUGGCUUCCGUGUUGAAAUGGGAUAUAUCUAAUGCUCGUCAAUCCUUCCGUUCCG